UGCGGAGGCGGCGGCUCGGGGAGACGAUGCUCCGGCGCUGAGGAGUCGCGGCAGCCGAGCGCCGGCGACCGCAGCGACGCGGGCCGCAUGGCGCAGCCCUCCAGCCCCGGCGGCGAGGGGCCGCAGCUCGGCGCGGCCGGGGGCCCGCGCGACGCGCUGAGCCUGGAGGAGAUCCUGCGGCUCUACAACCAGCCCAUCAACGAGGAGCAGGCGUGGGCCGUGUGCUUCCAGUGCUGCGGCUCCCUGCGCGCCGCCGCCGCCCGCCGCCAGCCCCACCGCCGCGUGCGCUCGGCCGCGCAGAUCCGCGUCUGGAGGGACGGCACCGUCACCCUGGCGCCCACCGCCGCCGCCGCCGCGGAGGGAGAGCCGCCUCCCGCCUCCGGUAAAUUGGGAUAUUCACAUUGUACAGAAACAGAGGUAAGAGAAAUAUACAAAUAUUUCUGUAAAACAGCUUAUACUUUUUGGCGUGACUUGAGUAGUGAACUUUUGCCGGUUCGAAGCUGGGUGAAAGUGUUGAUGAUAUCCCUGCAGCAGCUUGUAGAUCACUUUCUGCCAAAUUCCACUUUUUCUCUUCUACAGAUCUGUGCUGCUCACCUCCCAACUGAGUCCGAGGCACCCAAUCAUUAUCAGGCAGUAUGUCGGGCACUGUUUGCAGAAACCAUGGAACUGCAUACAUUUCUGACCAAAAUUAAGAGUGCAAAGGAGAACCUUAAGAAGAUUCAAGAAAUGGAAAAGAGUGAUGAGUCUAGCACAGAUCUGGAGGACCUGAAAAAUGCGGACUGGGCCCGGUUCUGGGUACAAGUGAUGAGGGAUUUGCGAAAUGGGGUAAAACUUAAGAAAGUCCAGCAGCGGCAGUACAACCCACUGCCCAUUGAGUACCAGCUGACCCCUUACGAGAUGCUCAUGGACGACAUUCGGUGCAAAAGAUACACCUUGAGAAAAGUAAUGGUAAAUGGUGACGUCCCCCCUCGGUUGAGAAAGAGUGCUCAUGAGGUCAUCCUUGACUUUAUCAGAUCAAGACCCCCUUUAAAUCCAGUUUCAGCCAGAAAACUGAAACCAACCCCACCACGGCCACGGAGCCUCCAUGAAAGAAUAUUAGAAGAAAUUAAAGCAGAAAGAAAGCUUCGGCCUGUGUCACCAGAAGAAAUUAGACGGAGCAGACUAGAUGUCACUACGCCAGAAUCUCCAAAGAAUGUCGGAGAAUCAUCUAUGGUGAAUGGAGGCUUAACAUCUCAAACAAAAGAAAAUGGGCUGAGCGCUGCCCAGCAGGGGUCUGCGCAGAGGAAGAGGCUCCUCAAAGCCCCAACCCUGGCUGAACUGGACAGCUCUGACUCUGAGGAGGAAAAAAGUCUGCACAAGUCAACCAGCAGCAGCAGUGCGUCUCCCUCCCUCUAUGAGGAUCCAGUACUGGAGGCCAUGUGCUCCAGGAAGAAGCCUCCAAAAUUCUUGCCCAUCUCAUCAACACCCCAGCCAGAGAGAAGGCAGCCACCGCAGAGGCGCCACUCCAUUGAGAAGGAAACACCUACGAACGUGAGGCAGUUUCUGCCACCAUCCAGGCAGAGCUCACGGUCUCUUGAGGAAUUCUGCUACCCAGUGGAGUGCCUCGCUCUCACUGUGGAGGAAGUGAUGCACAUCCGUCAGGUCCUGGUGAAAGCAGAGCUGGAAAAGUACCAACAGUAUAAGGAUGUCUACACUGCCCUGAAAAAAGGAAAGCUCUGCUUCUGUUGCCGAACGCGGAGGUUUUCCUUCUUCACCUGGUCUUACACCUGUCAGUUCUGUAAGAGGCCCGUGUGCUCACAGUGUUGCAAAAAGAUGCGGCUGCCUUCCAAGCCAUACUCCACUCUACCUAUCUUCUCUUUGGGACCUUCUGCCUUGCAAAGGGGGGAAAGUUGUUCGAGGUCGGAAAAACCCUCCACUAGUCACCAUCGACCGCUUCGAAGUAUCGCCAGGUUCUCCACGAAAUCCAAGUCUGUGGACAAGUCCGAUGAGGAACUCCAGUUUCCCAAAGAGCUCAUGGAGGACUGGAGCACGAUGGAGGUGUGUGUAGACUGCAAAAAGUUCAUCUCCGAGAUCAUCAGCUCAAGCCGGCGCAGCCUGGUGCUGGCCAACAAAAGAGCCAGGUUGAAAAGGAAGACACAGUCUUUCUACAUGUCCUCAGCGGGCCCCUCGGAGUACUGCCCUUCAGAACGGACUAUCAACGAGAUCUGAGCCCUGUGCCUUCCCGCUCUUUUGUGUGCAGAGCGGGCAGUGCAGCAGUGCUGCAGGACUCUUCCCAGGGGUUUUCCUUCACAGGCUCCGUCUGCAGCAGGUCAGGCCUGGGCUGCACCUGAGACACAGACUCAAGGCUGUGUUCAUAUCAGCCGAUGGUUGGUAGGAGGCAGGUCAGCCACUUGGUCAUUUGCACUCAGAAAGCCUAAAACUUGAUUUUGUGUAUGUGAGUAGGGAAGCUAGAAACUUCCUUAGUUCAGUUCCUCAAUGUUCUUCGGAUAAUUUCCUGACUAAGGCACAAAGCUUCUUGUGUGUGAAGUCCGUCUGACGGAGUGUGUCGAUGUUAGCACAGUUGUAAGCAGUAAGUCAUAUUGGCAUUCCACGUGACAGUGUUCCUAGCUCAUGUACAUAAUGUCCUAAGCCCUGCCACACACCGGCUCCCUGGGGCGGGCCAGGCUGGCUGUCUUCUCACAGCACAAAUCUAGAAGGCCUUGCUGAUAAUUCUCUUUGGGGCUCUGGCUGCAUCCAGCGCAGAACAAUCAUGUGAGCUGUACACCGCAUGGGUGGCCCUUCUCUGAGCUCAGGGUCUGCCCCGGCACAGGCCUCAGUGUUUCCUGAGCUGCUAACAGGCCUUUAUUCCCUAUUGUGAAUGUAUUAUGGUUUUGAAUAGUUUUAUAAUACACGUCUAAGAAUGUUGUGGAAGUUUGAGGAAAAAGGAAGACUAAAAUUUCAUCUAGCAGAUGAGCAGGUUUGGUUAACUGAUAGGCUGUAACAGCAGGGAUGCCAGCAGAAAGGAGCUAUGGCUCGUACAUUUUCACCUACAUUUUCCAUAACUUUAUAGUGUGGCCAUCAUGACUAAAUUAACCACAGUUUGGUAUCUGAGUCUCAAACUGAAGAUUAUUUUUAUAAAUGAAUUUUAAAAGAAAAACCUUGGCUGUUUUAAAAUCUCAAGAAAAUGAACCUGCUGCCAUGCAUACUUUUUUGAUGCUUUUGCACUAGGUAUCUUAUAAAUGUCACUGCAUUUCUGAUGAAGGGCAACUGACAGGUAGUAUUGUGUGUCUGAAAUUCCUCAGCUCCUGUGGCGCACCAUGGGCUGCCCUCAUUUCCAUAUGCUUAGAAAUAACUGGGCAAUCAAAUCACCACUAAUGUUUGGGAAAUGAGUGAAGGCAAAUGCACAGUGUAGCUCUAACAAACCACCCUCAUUACCACCACUGAUGACAUCUCCAUUUGAUAAAAGGCAUGCCAGUCGCAUUUCACCAACAUUAAGAUACAGUAACAUUUCCCAUUAAAUUGACAGCGACACCUCAGAAAUAUUCCAGUAGUCAUUUCUAAUGCAUUGAAAUUUAUAGUUUAGUAAAUGCCUUUAAAUUACUUACACUGACGAAAUAAACUUUACCAGUUGACUAACGUAAUGCAUGUUAGUAGUUCAUCUGUACUGCAUGUAGAAGUGGGCCGCCAGAAAACCCUUACAGUCCAGCUGUUUUUAAGACUAAGAGCUGUAAAAAUUGCAGUGUGUGAAUCCCAUUUAUGCAGUUUUCCCUGAGACCACCAGAACGUUACACCACAGUUAGAUAGGACCACCACUGCUAUGGCUCCAGGCAUACAUACAUUCCAGAAUGGGUUCCUGGAAGGAAGCAAGAAAGAAGGAAUAUACCUGUGUGGGUUUAAGCAUGCACAUAGGGUAGCAUGCUUCUGUAAAAUGGUGAUUAAUUAGCGUUUGACUUCCCACAUAAGUCACAGAUCACAUCCACAAGUCAGAUUUGACCUCAUCCCUUCAGCCUCACAGUACUGUGCAUAGUGUUUGGGCAUUAGGACCCCUUUACCAGAACAUCAGGAUAUAAAUUUUUCAGCACAUUAAUGGGAUUUGCCAAGUAUGUUAAGAGUUCAAGUGUAUACCAGGCCCAGUAAACAACCUGCAGGAAGUAGUGGGGAAAAAGGGUACGUGACAAGGUAGAAAGUAUAGAAAUGAAAUUAGCAUUGUUUGGGAGACACCAAAAAAGACAUGUGCAAGACUGGCUCUUCCCCCCACGCCCCAAGCACUCAUACCAAGCUAGGAUCCCAUAGGCUAGGGCUUUCAGCCAAGGAGCUGCUGCUGCUGCUGUGACUUGCUUUAAAAGUCCUAGCUGACACAGUUCGAGCCUCCUGUUCCUCCAGCCACCUUGUGCAGGACCGUUUGUCCUGCUUCCCUGCUAUGUUGCUCUCUUAGUUCGACAAUUGUUUAUGGCUGACCCCAGAGUCUGAUGCAUCGCCUAAAUCCAUCUGAAUGUCCCUCCUGACCCCUCCAGGUGUGAGCACCAGCCAUUGGUCCCACAGACCUUGAGGUCAGAGUAUGUAAAAAUGCUUGUAAAUAUUGUAACAUACUCAUUAAUAUUUGAAAGUCAUUCUGUCAUUGGCAAUGGAAAUUAAUUCUCCCAAGAUAAGCAAAAAUUAAAUAAUUGAUUUGCACAUUGACUUAAUGACCUUAAUUACUUGAUUUCAAGUCUCAGCCCUUUAAAAUUAAACCCAAAAGUUACUAUACAGUCAUUCUAAAAAUGAUGUUUUGAAGAGAUAUGUGGUUAAUACCGUGAAAUCACGCCAUGAAAUCUGUAAGGUUUUUAUUUUUCUAACUGUACUAAUGGAGGACUGAACUUGAGGUAUGAAUGUAGGAGACAUGGAAUUUUUAAAAUUAUGUUGCUAUUUGUUCAAAUAAAACAGAAAAUUUUGAACAUUGAAGGACCAUGAAGAAAUGUGUCCCACUGACUGGGCUCUGACCUGGCUUCCCAAAUGUAAGCAGAGAAUGGCUGACAUUCCAGGGAAAACGACAGUGCUGAGUGUGCUCUAGUGAGUAUUUCAGCCAGGAGUGAUGCCACACGCAUUUAGUUCCAGCAUUCCAGAAGGGCCAGCCUGGUCUACACAGUGAGACCUUCUCUCUCUCUCUCUCUCUCUCUCUCUCUCUCUUUAGGUA